UUAAUUAAUUAAACUAAAUGUCAUUUGUUGAUUGAAUAAGAUAUACAAAUUAAUCUUGAUGAUUGUAGUACACCGCGAAGCACUGGAUCUCCGGGGCGUGACAUCUCCGAACUCGACCACCGAACUAAUUCACCAUACUCUCACUGCACUGAACUUCACUCCGUUGCACUUCCCUUCUCUAUCUCUCUCUCUCUCUCUGAUUUCUAUUUCCAUGGAUCUUUGCUGAUUUUACAGAUCCAACAUGUCCAACUUCCUCGCUCAGUUCCAAACAAUUAAGAAUUCCUCCGAUCGCCUCGUCAUUUCAGUGGAGGAUGUGAGUGAUUUGUGGCCAACUGUCAAGCCUGCAUUUGAGGCGCGGUUGCCGUUCAAAAGGGCAAGUUUGAAUAACAAGACAAGGAACCCUGUCUUGGUUGAGAAAUUGUCGGCCGAGUUCAUAUUAACGACAGAUUCAAGGCUGCGUAGCCGGUUCCCUCAAGAGCAGUUGCUAUUCUGGUUUCGAGAGCCGUAUGCAACUGUUGUGCUCGUUACCUGCGAGGAUCUUGAUGAGUUUAAAACCAUCCUUAAACCACGCCUCAAAUUAAUUGUCCAGAAUGAUGAAAGGGAAUGGUUUAUUGUAUUUGUAUCUAAAGCUCAUCCAGCUAAUGAUCAGGCAAACAAAAUGGCAAAGAAAGUAUAUGCUAAACUCGAAGUUGAGUUUAGCUCCAGAAAAAGAGAAAGAUGCUGCAAAUAUGAUAUGCAUUUCCCUGAAGCAAAUUUUUGGGAUGAUCUGGAAUCAAAGAUAAUGGAAUGCAUCAGAAAUACACUGGAUAGGCGCGUACAAUUUUAUGAGGAUGAGAUACGGAAGCUCAGUGAGCAGCGCCUCAUGCCAGUCUGGAACUUCUGUAAUUUUUUCAUUCUGAAGGAAAGCUUGGCUUUUAUGUUUGAAAUGGCCCACCUCCAUGAAGAUGCAUUACGGGAAUAUGAUGAACUAGAACUCUGCUAUCUUGAAACAGUUAACAUGACUGGAAAACAAAGAGACUUUGGUGGGGCAGACCAUGGUGACGAUCAAGCAGCAAUUCUCAAUCCAGGAAAAAAAGCAUUGGCGCAGAUUGUCCAAGAGGAUUCGUUUAGGGAGUUUGAAUUCCGACAGUAUCUGUUUGCCUGCCAAUCAAAGCUGUUAUUCAAGCUAAAUCGACCUAUUGAGGUAGCAUCACGAGGUUAUUCAUUCAUAAUAAGCUUCUCAAAAUCUUUGGCAUUGCAUGAGCGUAUUCUACCUUUUUGUAUGCGUGAAGUCUGGGUGAUAACUGCUUGUUUAGCUUUAAUUGAAGCAACCACUUCCAACUAUAGUGAUGGACUUGUGGCACCUGACGUAGAGAAGGAGUUCUUUCGUCUUCUUGGUGACCUAUAUUCUCUAGCCAGAGUUAAGUUCAUGAGGCUAGCAUAUUUAAUUGGGUAUGGAACUGAUAUAGAAAGAAGUCCUGUCAACAGUGCUUCCUUAAGCUUGCUACCUUGGGUGCUUGAGAAAGAAAAGUUGAUUCUCCAAGCGACGCCUAUUAGCAAGCACUUCGGUAUCCAGAGGAAACCCUUGCCCCUUGAACCUACUGUACUUCUACGAGAGGCCAACAGGCGGAGGGCUUCACUUUCUGCUGGAAAUGUGUUUGAAAUGUUUGAUAGCCGCCAAGCUUUAAUGGAAGGAUCAGGUUUUGAUGCAUCCCCCAAGAUGUCACCACAAAAAGUACUUUCGAAUUCCAUGACACGCACUAAUUCUUCUCCAGGAAACUUUGAUAGCUCAAUUGGCAGACCUAUGAGGCUUGCUGAGAUUUAUAUUGCUGCCGAACAUGCUUUGAAGCAGACAAUUUCUAAUCUUGAGAUGUUAAAAUCAUUAUCAUCAUCUGAGGAGUUUGAGAAAAAAUAUUUAGAGCUAACUAAAGGUGCUGCUGACAAUUACCACCGUUCCUGGUGGAAAAGACAUGGAGUUGUCCUUGAUGGUGAGAUAGCUGCUGUUUCCUUUAAACAUGGACAUUUUGACCAAGCUGCAAAGUCAUAUGAGAAGGUUUGUGCACUGUAUGCUGGUGAAGGAUGGCAGGAGUUGUUGGCUGAGGUCCUUCCCAAUUUAGCCGAGUGUCAGAAGAUUCUUAAUGAUCAAGCUGGCUACUUGCUAUCCUGUGUGAGGUUACUUUCUCUUGAAGAUGGAUUAUUUUUGACGAAAGAGCGUCAAGCUUUUCAGGCAGAAGUGGUUCGUCUUGCUCAUAGUGAAAUGAAGGACCCUGUACAUCUUGAUGUAUCAUCAUUAAUUACAUUUUCUGGAAAUCCUGGGCCUCCAUUGGAGUUAUGCGAUAGGGAUCCUGGUAUCCUUUCAGUAAAUGUCUGGAGUGGUUUUCCAGAUGAUAUAACUCUAGACUCAAUCAGUCUUACGUUAAUGGCAACAUAUAACGCAGAUGAAGGUGUAAAGGCAUUGAAAAGUUCUACAGCUAUUGUAUUACACCCUGGUCGAAAUACUAUUACCUUGGAUCUACCACCUCAGAAACCAGGAUCAUAUGUUCUUGGAGUUCUUACUGGGCAGAUUGGACAGUUGAGGUUUAGAUCUCAUGGUUUUUCAAAAGUUGGUCCUGCAGAGAGUGAUGAUGUAAUGAGUUAUGAAAAGCCAGCUAAACCCAUUUUGAAGGUUUCCAAACCUAGAGCCCUUGUUGAUCUUGAUGCUGCUGUUUCAUCUGCUUUGUUAAUAAAUGAACACCAAUGGGUUGGCAUUUUUGUUCGGCCGUUAAAUUACUCCCUCAAGGCCGCUGUCUUGCAUAUUGAUACUGGUCCAGGAUUGGAGAUUGAAGAGUCACACAUAAUUGAGAUGGAAAGCUAUGCUGGUGUAUCAGAGAAUGAUGAUGGCCAGGUGCAGAAGGCUGGUGCUCAAAUAGAUUCCUUAAAUUCUGAGAAAAAGUUUGAACGUUCAACUCUUCAUGAUGGUAAAAUAGUGUUUCCGAAUUGGGCAAGCGACACGCCUUCUAUACUUUGGGUUUUGAUUCACGCCAUCAGUGACACGCUCAACAGAGGAUCAUCUUCAGUCACAACAAGGAGAGAGAGUAUUGUAGAUGGAAUGAGAACAAUAGCUCUGAAACUUGAAUUUGGAGCAUUCCACAAUCAGAUAUUUGAAAGGACCCUUGCAGUGCAUUUUACACAUCCUUUCUAUGUGAGGACACGUGUUACUGAUAAAUGCAAUGAUGGUACCCUGCUUCUGCAGGUAAUACUUCACUCUGAAGUAAAGGCUACAUUGACCAUAUACGAUGCUUGGCUCGAUCUUCAAGAUGGAUUUGUUCAUUCCGGUCAAACUGAGGGUAGACCUAAUUCAAGCUUCUUCCCACUAAUCAUAUCUCCCACUUCCAAAGCAGGAAUUUUGUUUAGUAUCUUCCUAGACAACACAGAUGCAGAAGAAGCCAAGAAGCAACCAGAAAGCAUAUUAAAUAUUAAAUAUGGAGUUUCUGGUGAUAGAACAAUUGGAGCCCAUCCUCCUUUUAUAAAUGAAUCUAUGGAAGUUGAGGGUGCUAGACAGGAAUUGAUCUUCAAGAGUGCAAUUAUUUUGCAAAGGCCUGUGCUUGAUCCGAGCCUAGCCGUUGGUUUUCUUCCUCUCCCUUCAGAUGGCCUAAGAGUUGGACAACUAGUUAAGAUGCAAUGGAGGGUGGAAAGGUUGAAGGAUUGGAAUGAGAAAGAAAUUUCUGAACAGAAUGAUGAGGUUCUGUAUGAGGUAAACGCAAAUUCUGGAAAUUGGAUGAUUGCUGGAAGGAAAAGAGGGCAUGUAUCUCUCUCCAAAAAUCAAGGUGCAAGGAUAAUUAUCACCGUAUUAUGCAUGCCAUUAGUGGCUGGUUAUGUGCGUCCUCCUCUACUAGGGCUGCCAGAAAUUGAUGAGGCAAAUAUAAAGUGCAAACCUUCUGGGCCACAUCUAGUUUGUGUUUUGCCGCCAGCGCUCAGCUCAUCCUUCUGUAUUCCGGUUAAUUCAUGAUCUUACACGGUGUUUCUACUCAAGCUUGAUUGAGAUUGUUCCAUAGGAAAGUGUAACUUUUUGCCUGUAGUUUUCAACUCUUCAUUACAUGAAAAAUCUCCAGUAGUUAGAUUUGUGUUGCUUACAGCUUUUCAGGCAGUAUUCUGAAUCAAGAGUGUCGGCAUAAUGGUUUAUGUACAGUGGAAUUUUGUCUUGUACGAUAGAUACAUAGACCAUUACAUUCUUUUGUCCCAUUAAAUUAAAAAUGAUAUAAAAUAUUGGAAUCAUAGACAUUUGUGAGUUUUA